CUUGCCUCCUCGGCGGCCGGGCACUCACCAACCCCGGCUUGUCUCACUCCGCUGCCCGUUACUAUCGCUCCGCCGAACGCAGGGAGAGUGGAGCCGCCGUCAUGUUGUCGUAGCUGGCCCACGGAGAGCCGAACAUCCGAGAGAGCGUUGCCGCCGCCGAGCUGUUACUUCGUGGACAUCCAACAUGUCCGAUAAAAUGUCCAGCUUCCUGCACAUCGGGGACAUCUGCUCCCUGUACGCAGAGGGAUCCACCAGUGGUUUCAUCAGCACCCUGGGCUUGGUGGAUGACCGCUGUGUGGUCCAGCCUGAUGCUGGGGACCUCAACAACCCUCCAAAGAAGUUCAGAGACUGUCUCUUCAGACUGUGUCCCAUGAACCGCUACUCAGCCCAAAAGCAGUUCUGGAAAGCAGCCAAGCCUGGAGGGAACACAGACACGGUGCUCCUCAACAAGCUCCACCAUGCAGCUGACCUGGAGAAGAAACAAAAUGACUCAGAAAACAAAAAGCUGCUGGGUACAGUCAUUCAGUACGGCAAUGUUAUUCAGCUUCUCCACCUAAAGAGCAACAAAUACCUGACAGUGAACAAGCGUUUGCCUGCCCUCUUGGAGAAGAACGCCAUGAGGGUGAUGCUGGACCCAGCAGGAAAUGAAGGCUCCUGGUUCUACAUCCAGCCCUUCUACAAGCUGCGCUCCAUCGGGGACAGUGUGGUGAUUGGCGACAAAGUGGUCUUGAACCCGGUGAACGCUGGCCAGCCACUCCACGCCAGCACACACCAGCUCGUGGAUAAUCCAGGAUGUAACGAGGUGAAUUCAGUCAACUGCAACACAAGCUGGAAGAUCGUCCUGUUCAUGAAAUGGAGUGACAAUCAGGAGAUCAUCUUAAAAGGGGGCGAUGUGGUACGCUUGUUUCAUGCAGAGCAAGAAAAAUUCCUCACUUGUGAUGAUCACAGAAAAAAACAGUAUGUGUUUCUUCGCACGACUGGGCGGCAGUCAGCUACCUCAGCAACUAGCAGCAAAGCCCUAUGGGAGAUAGAGGUUGUACAACAUGAUCCCUGCCGAGGGGGGGCAGGCUACUGGAAUAGUCUGUUCAGGUUUAAACACCUGGCCACUGGACAUUACCUCGCUGCAGAGGUGAAUCCAGAAUAUGAAGAGCAAGGUCUAGAUUCCCGCGCCUCACUGGAUUUGGAGCAAGAGGCCUUACGGACCCGUUUGAGAAAUGUUCAGGAUAAAGUAAUGUACACACUUGUAUCCGUCCCUGAUGGAAAUGAUAUUUCUUCCAUAUUUGAGCUGGACCCGACCACGCUGAGAGGAGGAGACUCACUAGUACCCAGGAAUUCCUAUGUGCGGCUCAGACACCUGUGCACCAACACAUGGGUUCACAGCACCAACCAACCCAUUGACAAAGAGGAGGAAAAACCUGUCAUGCUUCGUAUUGGCACGUCUGCGCUGAAAGAGGACAAAGAGGCCUUUGCAAUUGUGCCUGUCUCCCCAGCUGAAGUACGAGACCUUGACUUUGCCAACGAUGCCAGUAAAGUGCUGGCCUCUAUUGCUGGAAAGCUUGAAAAAGGCACCAUCACACAGAAUGAGAGAAGAGCAGUUACAAAACUUCUAGAAGACCUGGUGUUCUUUGUUGUUGACAUUCCCAACAAUGGACAGGAUGUUCUUGAGAUUACGGUCAAUAAACCAAAUAGAGAAAGGCAGAAACUAAUGAGAGAACAGAAUAUUCUCAAACAGAUCUUCAAGCUACUUCAGGCCCCCUUCACUGACAGUGGUGAUGGCCCAAUGCUGCGAUUGGAGGAGCUUGCUGACCAGCGCCAUGCCCCCUUCAGACACAUCUGCCGCCUGUGUUACCGGGUUUUGCGUCACUCCCAACAGGACUACCGCAAGAACCAGGAGUAUAUUGCCAAGCAAUUUCGAUUCAUGCAGAAACAAAUUGGCUAUGAUGUUCUGGCAGAAGACACUAUCACAGCCCUCCUCCACAAUAACCGCAAGUUACUAGAGAAACAUAUUACCGCCGCAGAGAUUGACACGUUUGUCAGCCUGGUCCGCAAGAACCGUGAGCCCAGGUUCUUGGACUACUUGUCGGACUUAUGUGUGUCCAUGAAUAAGUCCAUUCCUGUAACACAGGAACUGAUAUGCAAUGCUGUGCUGGAUCCAGCUAACGCAGACAUCCUAAUUGAAACUAAACUAGUUCUGUCGAGAUUUGAGAUUGAAGGGGAAGCGCUUGGCGAUAACUCUGAGGAGUCAGAGGAAGAUGAGGAGGAGGUGUGGUUGUUCUGGAAGGACAGCAAUAAAGAGAUCCGCAGUAAAAGCAUCAGGGAGUUGGCCCAGGAUGCCAAGGAGGGGCAAAAGGAGGACCGGGAGGUCAUCAGUUACUAUAGGUACCAGCUAAACCUGUUUGCCAGGAUGUGUUUGGACAGGCAGUACCUGGCGAUUAACAAGAUCUCUGGACAGCUGGAUGUAGACCUGAUCUUGCGAUGCAUGUCGGAUGAAGACUUACCUUACGAUCUGCGAGCCUCGUUUUGCCGCAUGAUGCUGCACAUGCAUGUAGACCGUGAUCCCCAGGAGCAGGUUACGCCUGUCAAAUACGCACGACUAUGGUCUGAAAUCCCAUCUGAAAUUGCCAUUGACGAUUAUGACAAUGACGGAACAUCUAAGGAUGAAAUUAAGGAACGGUUCUCACAGACCAUGGAGUUUGUUGAGAACUACCUGAGAGAUGUGGUUUGUCAGAGCUUUCCUUUUGCAGAUAAAGAAAAGAAUAAGCUCACCUUUGAGGUGGUAAAUUUGUCUAGGAAUCUGAUUUAUUUUGGCUUUUACAACUUCUGUGACUUACUAAGACUCACCAAGAUCCUGCUAGCUAUUCUAGACUGUGUCCAUGUGAACACAAUUUUCCCAUUCAACAAGCUAGAAAAGGGAGAUGAGAGCAAAGGCAGUAAUGUGAUACGGUCCAUUCAUGGCGUUGGGGAGCUGAUGUCUCAAGUUGUCCUUAGAGGUGGCGGCUUCCUACCCACAACAUCGAACAGCAGCUCCAAUGGAAGCACGGUCAAGUCUCAGACUGAACCAGAGAAACAGGAUAUUUUGGUCAUGGAUACCAAGCUGAAGAUCAUUGAGAUCCUGCAGUUCAUAUUAAAUGUCCGCCUGGACUAUAGGAUCUCCUGUCUGCUGUCCAUAUUUAAGAGGGAGUUUGAUGAGAGCAACUCCCAAAGUGAAUUAUCGGUAACUGGAACAGUUGAAGGUCCAAACAAUAUGCCAGGAGCAUUGGAUUUUGAACACAUUGAAGAGCAGGCAGAAGGGAUAUUUGGUGGAAGUGACGAGAACACCCCCUUGGAUCUGGACGAUCAUGGUGGACGGACUUUCCUUAGAGUCCUUCUACACUUGACCAUGCACGACUAUCCACCUCUGGUGUCCAGGGCCCUCCAACUGCUGUUCCGGCACUUCAGUCAAAGGCAGGAGGUUCUUCAGGCUUUUAAGCAGGUCCAGCUGCUAGUCACCAGCCAAGACGUGGAGAAUUACAAGCAAAUUAAGUAUGACCUGGACCAGCUGCGCUCCAUCGUGGAAAAGUCUGAGCUCUGGGUAUACAAAAGGCAGGGUCCAGACGAGGUCUUGGAUACAGGAGAGGGGCUGUCCACGGAAUCAGUGCAUAAAAAGGGGGAUUCUGGAGGUACUGAAAAACCAAACAAACCAGAGAGCACCAGCAGUUACAACUACAGGGUGGUAAAAGAGAUCCUCCUACGCCUCUGCAGGCUUUGUGUCCAGGAGGGUCAGUCAGGUAGGAAGAGCAGGAAGCAACAGCAGAGGUUACUGCGGAACAUGGGGGCUCAUGCUGUUGUCCUUGAACUACUACAGAUCCCGUAUGAGAAGGGUGAAGAUUUACGCAUGCAGGAUAUCAUGAGGUUAGCUCAUCAGUUCCUACAAAACUUCUGUGCAGGGAACCAGCAGAACCAAGCGCUGCUUCACAAGCACAUUAAUCUCUUCCUCAACCCUGGGAUUUUGGAAGCCAUCACCAUGCAGCAUAUUUUCAUGAACAACUUCCAGCUGUGCAGUGAGAUCAAUGAGCGUGUGGUUCAGCACUUUGUUCACUGCAUUGAGACACAUGGGCGCAAUGUCCAGUACCUCCAAUUUCUGCAGACUAUCGUCAAAGCAGAGAAUAAGUUCAUCAAAAAGUGUCAGGACAUCGUCAUGGCCGAGCUGGUGAAUGCGGGCGAAGACGUUUUGGUCUUCUAUAAUGAUCGCGCCUCGUUUCAAACUCUGGUACAGAUGAUGAGAUCAGAGCGGGAUCGUAUGGAUGAGAACAGUCCACUUAUGUACCACAUUCACCUGGUGGAGCUUUUGGCCGUCUGCACAGAGGGUAAGAACGUCUACACAGAGAUCAAAUGUAACUCUCUGCUACCACUGGAUGACAUUGUGCGAGUGGUGACCAAUGAGGAUUGCAUACCAGAGGUCAAAAUUGCUUAUAUCAACUUUCUAAACCACUGUUAUGUGGACACUGAGGUUGAAAUGAAGGAAAUCUACACCUCCAACCACAUGUGGAAACUCUUUGAGAACUUCCUGGUUGACAUUUGCAGAGUUUGCAAUAAUACCAGCGAUCGCAAGCAUGCAGACACCAUCCUGGAGCGUUAUGUGACCGAGACUGUCAUGAACAUUGUGACCACUUUUUUCAGCUCGCCUUUUUCUGACCAGAGCACUACCUUGCAGACCAGACAGCCAGUCUUUGUGCAGCUGUUGCAGGCGGUGUUCAGGGUCUACCACUGCAACUGGUUGUUCCCUGUCCAGAAAGGCUCUGUGGAGAAUUGUAUCAAAGUCCUGUCAGAUGUUGCCAAAGGUAGAGCCAUCGCCAUUCCCGUGGACCUUGACAACCAAGUGAACAACCUGUUUGUGAAAUGCAACAACAUUGUUCAGAAAACGGCAAUGAGCUGGAGACUGUCUGCUCGUAACGCCGCCCGUAGAGACUCUGUGGUGACAGCAUCACGCGACUACAGGAAUAUCAUUGAACGGCUGCAGGACAUUGUGUCAGCACUGGAGGACCGUCUGCGUCCGUUGGUCCAGGCCGAGUUGUCUGUACUUGUGGAUGUGCUGCAUCGGCCAGAGCUGCUUUUCCCUGAAAACACUGACUCACGCAAGAAGUGUGAGAGCGGAGGUUUCAUAUGCAAGCUGAUCAAACACACCAAGCAACUGCUGGAGGAAAAUGAGGAGAGACUCUGCAUCAAAGUUCUACAAACACUUCGAGAGAUGAUGACUAAAGACCGUGGGUAUGGAGAGAAGCUCAGGGCCUUUGAUGAUGAGAUGGAUAUGCCUAAGCUGGAUCAGAACCAGCCUGAGAAGUUGUUGGAGGAUCAGAAAAGGGGCGAGGCACUGAGGCAGAUUCUAGUGAACCGUUACUACGGCAACAUCCUUCGGAGUGGUGGGCGGAGAGACAGCUUGACGUCAUUCAGCAGUGGCCCCCUGAGCCCCGUAGGACCCAGCAAAAAACAAUCAGUGCUAGGGGGUCCUGGGGGCUUGAGUCGUGGGGAAAUGAGCCUAGCAGAGGUACAGUGCCACCUGGACAAAGAAGGAGCCUCUGAUCUGGUUAUUGACCUCAUCAUGAACACCACCAGUGACAGAGUCUUCCAGGAAAGCAUUCUCCUGGCUAUUGCUUUGCUGGAGGGCGGAAACACUACCAUCCAGCGUUCAUUCUUCUGCCGUCUAACAGAGGACAAAAAGUCAGAAAAGUUCUUUCGCGUUUUCUACGACCGCAUGAAGCUGGCGCAGCUGGAGAUCAAAGCUACAGUGACAGUAAAUACCAGCGACCUCGGAAACCGGAAGAGAGAUUACGACAGCCAGGAAAAAGACACCCCGGUCCGCAAAAAAGCAAGAGAAUCAUCCGUCGUCAUGACAGAAGAAGUGCGAGAGCAACUACUCGAGGCGUCGUCUGCCACCAAGAAAGCUUUUAACUCUUAUCGGCGGGAAGCUGACCCAGAGGACCAUUUCACCUCUGCAGAUGGCCAGCCAAGCACCGGAGACAAGAAUCAGGAUGAAGGGGAGAUGAGCUACGUCAUCAUUAUCAUGCAGCCCAUCCUUCGUUUCCUGCAGCUACUUUGUGAGAAUCACAACCGUGACCUGCAGAACUUUCUUCGUUGUCAAAACCACAAGAACAACUAUAACCUGGUGUGUGAGACCCUUCAGUUCCUGGACUGCAUUUGUGGCAGCACCACAGGAGGUCUGGGCUUGUUAGGGCUGUACAUAAACGAGAAGAACGUUGCCCUCAUCAACCAAACUCUAGAGAGCCUUACAGAAUACUGCCAAGGUCCCUGCCAUGAAAACCAGAAUUGCAUUGCCACUCACGAGUCCAAUGGUAUUGAUAUCAUCAUUGCUCUCAUCCUUAAUGACAUCAACCCACUUGGAAAGAAGCGGAUGGAUCUGGUGCUGGAGCUCAAGAACAACGCAUCCAAGUUGCUGCUUGCCAUUAUGGAGAGCCGUCAUGACAGCGAGAAUGCUGAGAGGAUACUGUACAACAUGAGACCUAAAGAGCUUGUGGAGGUGAUCAAAAAAGCCUAUCUGCAGGGAGAGGUUGAGUUUGAAGACACAAAGGAGGAGGAGGACAAUGGGGAUGACGAGGAACAUGACGCAGCAUCUCCCAGAAAUGUCGGCCACAACAUUUAUAUCUUAGCUCACCAGCUAGCUCGUCAUAAUAAGGAGCUGUCCGUAAUGUUGAAGCCUGGAGGAGCCAGCGGAGAUGGAGAUGAGGCCUUGGAGUUUUAUGCCAACCACACUGCUCAGAUAGAGAUUGUGCGCCACGACCGCACCAUGGAAGAGAUUGUGUUCCCAGUGCCAAACAUCUGUGAGUUCUUGACCUCGGAGUCCAAGCUUCGUGUCUACUACACCACUGAGAGAGACGAGCAGGGCAGUAAGAUAAAUGACUUCUUUCUGCGAGCAGAGGACCUCUUCAGUGAGAUGAACUGGCAGAAGAUGCUUAGAGCCCAGCCGGUGUUGUACUGGUGUUCCAGAAACAUUUCAGUCUGGAGCAACGUUUCCUUCAAUCUGGCUGUGCUCAUGAACCUGCUCGUCUGCUUCUUCUACCCGCUGGAGGGGAUACACGGAGGCACGCUGGAUACCCACCUGUCUGCUCUGCUGUGGAUGGGCUUGUUGGCAACACUCAUUAUCGUGAUCAUCAUGCCCCAACCGUUGAGCAUCCGAGCUCUUGUCAUCGUCACAAUCCUCCGUCUCAUCUUCUCAGUUGGCCUGGAGCCCACACUGUUCCUCCUUGGUGCCUUUAAUGUGUGUAAUAAAAUCAUCUUCCUGAUGAGUUUUUUGGGAAACCGUGGCACUUUCAGUCGGGGAUACAAAGCCAUGGUGAUGGACUUCGAGUUCUUAUACCACUUCAUCUAUCUGCUCAUCUGCAGUCUGGGGGUGUUUGUUCAUGUCUUUUUCUACAGUCUGUUGCUGUUUGACCUGGUGUACCGAGAAGAGACUUUGCUGAAUGUCAUCAAGAGCGUCACGCGCAACGGACGGUCCAUCGUGUUGACCGCUGUGCUUGCACUCAUCCUGGUCUACUUGUUCUCCAUUGUUGGCUAUAUUUUCUUCAAAGAUGACUUCAUUCUGGAAGUGGAUCGCAUUCCCAACACGACACUAAAAAAUGGAGCCAGCAUAGCUAGUGAGUUUCUAUCUACAAGAAUGUGUCAAGCUGGGGUUGAUGAAAACUGUACUGUUGGGAGCGUACAUGAAGAUGUGGACAGUGACGAUUCACAGGAUAGCGACAUGGAGCGGACGUGUGACUCUCUACUGAUGUGUAUUGUCACUGUUCUGAGUCAUGGGUUGAGGAGUGGAGGGGGUGUAGGUGAUGUUCUCCGCAAGCCUUCCAAAGAGGAGCCACUGUUUGCAGCCAGAGUGAUAUACGACCUGUUGUUCUUCUUUAUGGUCAUCAUCAUCGUCUUAAACCUCAUUUUUGGUGUCAUCAUCGACACCUUCGCAGACCUGAGGAGUGAAAAACAGAAGAAAGAAGAAGUCCUGAAGACCACCUGCUUCAUUUGUGGCCUGGAGAGGGACAAGUUUGACAACAAGACUGUGACAUUUGAGGAGCACAUUAAAGAGGAGCACAACAUGUGGCAUUACCUAUUCUUUGUCGUGUUGGUGAAAGUAAAAGAUUCCACCGAGUACACAGGCCCUGAGAGCUACGUGGCCGAGAUGAUCAAGGAGCACAACCUUGACUGGUUUCCAAGGAUGCGUGCCAUGUCUCUGGUGAGCAGUGAUGCAGAGGGCGAGCAGAACGAAAUCAGGAGUCUUCAGGAGAAGCUGGAGUCGACCAUGAGGCUGGUGGCCAACCUGUCUGGACAACUGACAGAGCUCAAGGAGCAGAUGACAGAGCAAAGGAAGCAGAAGCAGAGAAUUGGUCUUCUUGGUCACCCACCUCACAUGAACAUCAACCCCCAACAACCAGCUUGAGGGUCUUUUGUAUGUAAUGAUUGUAUUAUUUCACCAGGCACUCUUAAAGUACAGUGCAAAUGUGAAGCAAGCAUUAGCAGCGUACGUUACUCAUUGUCUGCGGCGUGCAUGUAACUGUGUGUGUCGUGUCCACCAAGUGCCUCAGGACCUGGGAAGCCAGCCAUGUUGAAUUAAGAGUUGAAAACAGAUUUUGGCUGUACUACACUUAACGCCUUUGGGAGUGUACCAUGCUGACAGCCAUGCCAAAGUUCUGCCAAUUGUUGCUAAGGAAAAGUUCCAUUCAUGUGGCCUUGUAUUGGGGUUUUAAUCCUCCAUUUUGCACCAACAAACUCAGGUCAAGUGGAUUUAGAGGUUUGUUUUCUUUUUCACAUUUACACAUUUUGGUAAUCUACAGCAAUAAGAGUACUUCACAAUAUGCAAUGUCUGGAUAAGAAAAACAGUUUUGGGAUUUGGGAUUUACUUUUAUAUUUAAUAUUGUAAUGUCAUUUAUUUAAAAAAAAAUAGUAUUGUAUUUUCACAAGUGAUGGUUAUAAAUGUGAAAGUUUUGUUAAACAACUCCUUUCAGGGCACUUUAACAAGAUUAUUGACGGUGCGCUGCUCUUAGAGCAUACUGGUAAGUCAUCUGACUUCCUCACUUUGUAUCACGCUGUGCUUAAUAAUAGAGUAUGAGCAGUAAGAAGGAACCAAGUGCCCCCUAUCCCUAAGAGACAAUUGUAGUGAUGUUUGUUUUGAUCUAUUAUAAUCCUUUGCACAUAAUUAUUUAACCCCCCUGUAAUUAAUUUUGUCCUGAAUACUGUUCUGUAUGACAACUAUUUUUGUUUGGCCACUUUUUUGAUAGCUCCACAAAAUAAUCACUGAGUGUAUGUGGUCUUGGGGGAUUACUAGGUAAUUUGUAGUGCUCCUUAACCAAAAGCCUUUAUAAGUGGUUUCUGUAUUGUACAUUAUUUGGGGUUUAUUUAAAUAAACAAGCAUGUAAAACA